AUGAUAACAAAGGAAGCAGCCAUGUCAUUUUCGCAGUUUGGAUAUCCUUAUAACGGAACUUCACAGUUUUUCGUGUCGGCAAACCCCAGUACGACUUGCUGCGAUUCGAUUUCCAGGUCGGUGUCUGACGCUUCCAGCGGUUCCCAAACUGCAGCCGCAUUUUGCUGCCCUCCUUAUGAGAACCGUCUCUUUGCGAGCACAAGGACAGAGCUCAACGCGGCUCUCGGCAUGUACGGUUCGCCUUACGCAGCUGCGGCCGCCGCCAGCCAGAACUACGCCAACUACUUCCCUUACAGCACCGACCCCUCCGCUCUCUACUCCACGCUGAACCCACAGUACGAUAUCAAGGAUGGCGCUGGCAGUUUACAGUCUGGAAUCGCCCAGUCUGCUGCAUAUUACCCCUAUGACCACUCCCUCGGGCAGUAUCAAUACGACAGGUAUGGCACCGUGGACUUUAACAGCUCAGCCAGGAGAAAAAAUGCCACGAGAGAGACAACCAGCACUCUCAAGACAUGGCUGUACGAGCACCGGAAAAACCCCUAUCCCACCAAAGGAGAGAAGAUCAUGCUGGCCAUCAUCACCAAAAUGACCCUCACUCAAGUGUCCACCUGGUUCGCCAACGCCAGGAGAAGGCUAAAGAAAGAGAACAAGAUGACAUGGUCCCCCAAGAACAAAGCCGGCGAUGAGACAAAGGAUGACAUUGAGAAGAGCAAUGAAGACAACAAAGAUCCCAAAGACUGUAAGGAGGAAAAGGAACUUCAGCUGAGUGACCUGGACGACAUGGAGGACGACGAGUGUGACAAACAGGACAGCGACGGUGAGAAGAUCUCGCACGGAGAGCUGGCCCCUCGCCGGCCCGUGGCAGGGGAGCAUCCAAAGACGGACUGCAACGGCAGGCUCGCCCCCCUCAGCAGCUUCCAUGCCUUCGCCUGCAAUAACAAGAGCGCGCCUGCCCUGGCAUCAGCGCUCUCAGAGCCAGCGCUGACUAAACCGCCCACCGCCAGCCCGGCGGGCACCCUCGCCCUGUCGCACUUCGAGGUGUCCGAGAAACCCCGGAUCUGGUCGCUGGCACACACUGCCGCCACAAACGCCGUUCUGGGCUCACAUCACAGCAUCGACUUAAGGACUGGGAACGCUAACAUGGACUGCCAUUUGCAAACGGCACGGCUCCCGGUCAGAGAGACCAGGGAUCUGCAGGACCCCGCCAACGUCCCCGGUGUGGAAAACGCCUUCCAAGAGGGCCCACGGUCGCAGAACAAGGUCUACAACUCCUCCAGCUUUUCCCACAAGCCCCUUCAACUGCACUGUUCUUCCUACCCCAUGUUCUCCGACACGUGCCAGUAUUCUUCCAUUGAAGGAUUUCCAAGUGGCAGAAAACCUGAAGCAGGCCAAUCAGCCCUAAAUGACACAUGUCUAACGCUGCAAGAAGACAAGGUCACUGCCUUCAGAGCAAUCAUGAAAAGGUGAAGCAGGUUCGUGGAGGUACAGCCGAUGGUCACUGGGACAUUUCAAACUUUAUGCACUAAGGCCCUGAAAUAGAGUCGAAGCUCCAACCAGUUAU